CCACUGAGAAGGGGAGGGGAGAGGCGGCUGCUGCGCUUCUCGUCUGCAGCUGCAAGCGCCGCAGCUCCUCCUCUUCCUAGUCCGGGCUGCGGGGAUAGGCGGCGCUUGCUGUGGCCGGUUUACUGGCCGCUCCGCGGCUGCCGACCGAAGCGCUUGCCCUGGGCCGAGCCGGCAGAAAGACUCAUCCAUGGUAGCGACGUGUCGCUUUGGAGGCGGGGAAGAAGGCGCUAGGCCGCGGCGCCGCCUUGGAGUUUUCCACUGGCCCAGCUGCUGCUGCUGCUGCAGGACUUGAAAACAGUCGUGUGUAUUGCAGUGGUGUUUUUGUUUAAAAAAACUAACGGGACUGGAAGAGAUAUGAGGUCUCCUUACUCGGACAUUCUUAGACUUUUGUCAUUAAGGGUUGCCAGGUCUCAGGUUUUCGCUUGGAGACGCUGAAUUUUUAGGGUCCUCUCCGGUACUUAUCCAGUGGUGACUUUAUGCAAUGGCCUCAAGCCACAAGUCUUCACCAGUGCCUCAGUCUAAGAGCAGUAAUGCUUUUUUUAAAAGGGAAGUGGAUUCUACCAAACGCUUUCGACCAGUGCAGUCGCUGCCGGAUGUAUGUCCCAAGGAACCCACAGGUGAUCCUAAUAGUUUAUGUGACAGCCCAUCUUUAGUUGCCGAUCAACAUAGAUGGACUAUUUAUAAUUCCAAAGUAAAUCUCCCAGCAGCAUUAAAUGAUCCUCGGUUAACGAAAAGGGAAUCUGAUUUCUUUACAAAAACAUGGGGACAGGAUUUUGUAGACACUGAAGUCGUGCCUUCGCUCUACCUCCCACAGAUCAACAAGGAACAUUUUACAGCGUACCAACAGGAAAUUGUUCAGAGAGAGAAGAUUCAUGAGAAAUGCAAGACAAUUUGUCCUCCUAAGGAUACUUUUGAUAGGACACUGUUACAUACUCAUGAUAAAUCCAGGACAGAUCUAGAGCAAGUACCUAAGAUUUUUAUGAAACCAGGUUUUGCCUUGGAAGAUCCCCAAACAUUUAAUGCAGUAUUACCUUGGUCUCAUUUUAAUACUGCUGGAGGCAAAGGAAAUAGUGAUGCAGCCUCCUCAAAGUUGCUUCAAGAAAAGCUGAGCCACUAUCUGGAUAUUGUGGAAGUAAAUAUUGCUCAUCAAAUCUCUCUUCGCUCAGAAGCAUUUUUUCAUGCAAUGACCUCCCAGCAUGAACUUCAAGACUACCUCAGGAAAACCUCCCAGGCUGUAAAAAUGCUUCGAGAUAAAAUAGGCCAAAUUGAUAAAGUGAUGUGUGAAGGAUCUCUUAAAGUUUUAAGACUAUCACUGACUAGAAAUAACUGUAUAAAAGCAUAUAAUAAACUGAAGUUAAUGGCAACAGUGCACCAAACACAACCUACUGUACAACUAUUGUUGUCCACUUCAGAAUUUGUUGGAGCAUUAGACUUGAUAUCAACAACACAGGAGGUGCUACAGCAGGAACUCCAGGGCAUUCACAGUUUCCGGCAUCUUGGAUCACAGCUUUGUGAAUUAGAAAAGCUCAUAGAUAAGAUGAUGAUUGCAGAGUUUUCCACUUACGCUCGCAGUGACUUAAAUAGACCUCUGGAAGAAGAAUGUCAAAUUCUGGAAGAGGAAAGGCUUAUAUCAUUAGUGUUUGGACUUCUAAAACAAAGGAAGCUGAAUUUUUUUGAAAUAUACGGAGAUGAAAUUAUCAUAACAGCAAAGAAUAUAAUUAAACAGUGUGUGGUUUAUACAGUGUCACAGAUAGAAGAAAUAGACACAGAAGUGGUUAUUAAGCUUGCACAUCAAAUGAGGAUGAUGGAUUUUUCACAAUGGUUUGAUCUACUGAAAGAUAUAUUUUCGAAUUUUAUUAUGUUCCUCAGGAGAAUUAAGGCAACAUUAAAUGUCAUCAGAAGGGUGGUUCUCUUGGUUCUAGACAAGAACCAAAGGAACAAGGAGCUGGGAGAUACAUCUGUGCAGAAGAACUCUGCAAAGGACAGUACCAUAGACACAGAAGUGGCUUAUCUGACGCAUGAGGGCAUGUUCAUAAGUGAUGCCUUCAGUGAAGGAGACCUUCAACCCACAGCAGCCUGUUCUGUCUCUCAGAGAAACCUUUCCCCAGACAGUGAGCCCAGCAGCAGUGACUCUGUAUCGGAACCUGAAUGUACCACGGACUCCUCAUCUAGCAAGGAACAGAUUUUGUCCAGUAUUACACCGGGUGGAAUUGACAUCAUGAUUGGUGAGGAUAUGAAGCUCUCAGAACUGGAACUGGGGAGAUUAGCAAAUAACAUCCAGGACCUCCUUUACGGUGCAUCUGAUAUUUGCCAUGAUCGUUCUGUGAAGUUCCUCAUGGCUAGAGCAAAAGAUGGGUUCCUUGAGAAAUUGAAUUCUGCAGAGUUUGUUGCUCUUUCACGAUUGAUGGAAACAUUCAUCUUGGAUACAGAACAGAUCUGUGGUAGGAAGAGUAUGUCAUUGCGUGGUGCACUUCAGAGUCAAGCUAAUAGAUUUGUAAACAGAUUCCAUGAGGAACGAAAGACUAAACUCAGCCUCCUCCUAGAUAAUGAACGUUGGAAGCAGGCUGAUGUCCCAGCAGAGUUUCAGGAUCUUGUUGAUUCUAUAUCAGAUGGCAAAAUUGCUUUACCAGGGAAAAAAGCUGGAGCAUCUGAAGAAAGAAAGCCAACUGACUUCCUUGUUGUUGAUGGACACAAAUAUGCUGUGGUUGGAACAGUGUUGCUGUUAAUUAGAAUAAUCCUUGAGUACUGCCAAUGUGUGGAUAACAUCCCCUCCAUAGCUACUGAUAUGCUUACUCAUCUGUCUGAUUUACUGAAGUAUUUCAACUCAAGAAGUUGUCAGCUAGUCCUUGGAGCAGGUGCAUUGCAAGUGGUAGGCUUGAAAACAAUAACUACAAAAAACUUAGCUCUCUCAUCACGCUGCCUGCAGCUCAUAGUACACUACAUUCCUGUUAUCAGAGCUCACUUUGAAGCUCGCCUGCAACCCAAACAGUUCAGCAUGCUUAGGCAUUUUGACCACAUUGCCAAGGAUUAUCAUGAUCACAUAGCUGAAAUUUCAGCAAAGCUCGUAGCCAUAAUGGAUAGCUUAUUUGACAAGCUGCUCUCUAAGUACGGGGUGAAAGCACCUGUUCCUUCUACCUGCUUCAGGAAUAUUUGCAAACAGAUGGCAAAGAUGCAUGAAGCAAUAUAUGACCUUCUUCCUGAGGAGCAAACCCAGAUGUUGUUCUUAAGAAUUAAUGCAAGCUACAAACUUCACUUGAAGAGGCAAUUGGCCCACUUAAAUGUAGUCAAUGAUGGGGGACCUCAAAAUGGAUUGGUUACAGCAGAUGUAGCUUUUUACACUGGAAAUCUCCAAGCUUUGAAAGGGCUUCAAACCCUAGACUUAAACAUGGCUGAAAUCUGGGAACAGAAGAGGUGAUAAUCCAGCAGAGCAAGAGAGUUGCCUCUUGGCAUGGGAUGAUUUCUUCUUUGCAGAAGAUGAAUUCUUGGAAGCUAGAAGAGGAAGCUCCCUUGGAAUGUGAAAACUAGCUAUGGGAAUGACUUUGGGGGAAUCCUUUAGCAAGUGAUCAGUUCUCUGUGCAAUUUCUUCAUUCUCUCUGGAACCAGACUCAGGUUUCUUUGGACCAAAUCCAAAAGAAUAUAUAGCUGUAACACAGCUGUAGUUUCCUAGAGAGUGCUCUGUAAAUCUUUAUAUUAAAAAGAUGCUUUGCAUUUCCUCUAGUGCAAUGAAAAUUCACAUGGUGUCUCACUUUUAUUUAAUGAUGGUACAGUUUGAAAAUUCUUGCUGUUGAAUUAUAGAAAAUGUUUUCAUUAUAAAACUUUACUGUUAAAUUAUUUUUUUACAGAUGUUUCUAUAAAGUCUUGAUUAUCUACAUAGAUUUGGAUUUGUUAGGGGGCAUCCUAUUCCAAAGUAUUUCUUGCAGCCGUGCUUCAUGUUGCCACCAGAAGACAGUAUGUUUAAAUACUUCCCAGCUCUUGGAAACAAAGCUGUGAAGCUCUUCUAGCUCUUAUUAAGGGCAAAAUGAUAAAGGAGUUUGAUAAGCUGAUCUGGCUUUGGUGGGCGAUCAUCUUUUGAAUGCUUCUUAUGAGAACCCCUUCCAUGGACUUCUGUUUUGCCUAUUUCCAUGUAAUUUCUUUACCUCCUGGUUCUCUCCCACCCAAUUAAAGCUAUUUAAAAAUAUUAACUGUGUAGUCAGAACUACACUUGAAGUGUAGCAGUAGAUGACGUAUGACUAACUUACAAAGAUUUUUUUCUAAUGCUACCUUUCAGGCUGGUACCUGCCUGUAUUAAGUAAUGAAGUGGCUGUGUAUGUCACCUCGCAGCAUUUUUACUUACCCAGUGAGUGCCUACUCUUGUGAUGAUUAUGUACAAUGAUAUGGUCUACAAUGUUUGUGUGCCUGUGGUUUCUUCAGACAGGCAUGCCUAUCUGUUAACAUUAGCAGAAGUCAUUGUCAAUCAAAUAAAGCUGUAAAAAUGAACUGUUUAA